UUAAUCUGUGACCAAUGUUCCUACUUUCAACUUGGUGCUAAGAAAAACAAGUUGAAGAGUGUGAAGUGAUUAAUAUCAAAUAAAAUAACAACUUUGUAUUAGAUAAUAUAUUUGUUAUUGUUAGGAAAUGGCUGUCUGUGUUGCUGUGAUUGGAAAAGAUAAUGCUCCCUUGUACAUUGGUGGAAUUGGUAAUGACACAAGCACCGAUAAUGAAUUAUCGAGACAGUGGCUUGUUCAUACAGCUCUUGAUGCGUUAGAAGAGAGACUAGUGUCUAGUAAUACUCCUACAGCCAACACAGCAACAAAUGCAGCACGGACUGAUUUAAGAGAUUUAUAUUUGGGCUUAUUAUAUUCAACAGAUACUCAUAAAAUUUAUGGUUAUGUUACUAAUACGCGUAUUAAAUUGGUAUUGGUGACUAGUUCCACAUCACCAAGUGGCAGUAACAUAAGAGAUGCAGAAGUAAGAACUGCACUAAGGAGAUUACAUGCACUUUAUGCUGAUGCUAUUUGUAAUCCAUUCCACUUACCUGGUGAUCAAAUUACUUCCAUAAAGUUCGACAAGCAAGUGAAAAAUUUGAUGCUUAAUAAUGUUUAAAGUUAAGUUUCAUAGAAAUAUAUUUCAGCUUAUUUAAAAAAAUAUAAAUUGUACUGCUAGAAAUCAAUAUAUACUUUACCCAAGUAUCAUACCCAUA